AACCUUCAUCAUGGCAACCGAAGCUCCCAAAGUCACUCUGUACUGAAGAUCAUACAGGNNCUCGACAAGUCUAGAGCUCAGCGCUUCAUCUGGCUCCUCGAAGAAUGCAAUGUCGACUACAACAUCCAAGUCUUUAAGCGCACCUCCGAAAUGCUCGCCCCUCCCGAGCUGAAGAAGGUCCAUCCUUUGGGCAAGUCUCCUGUCGUUGGUAUUGCCGCGCCUGGUAGAACCGACCCUCUGAUUCUUGCCGAGUCGGGUUUCAUCACAGAGUAUCUGACCGAGCACUUUGCUCCUCACCUCGCACCCAAAAGAUACGAAGACGGCAAGGAGGGCCCCGGGCUCGAGACUGAAGAGUACUUGCGUUAUCGCUUCUUCAUGCACUAUGCUGAGGGCUCGUUGAUGGCUUUGAUGCCCGCGACGACUAACAGCACACUCUCUACAGUCCUGAAGGGCGACAAAAUCCCCUUCUUCAUCCGCCCCAUCACCGGCACCAUCGUCAGCAGAGUGGACGCCAUGUACUUCAAGCCAAACUUCAAAACCCACUUUGACUUUUUGGAAUCCCAACUCGCCACUGCACCCAACGGGNGAGGUUUCCUCUGCGGCAAAGACCUCACUGCCGCUGAUAUCUUGAUGUCGUUCCCUCUGCAGGCUGGCCAGAAGAGACUGAAAAUUAUCAAUGCAACCGACUACCCAAAGCUGGAUGCGUAUGUCAACAAGCUGGAUAACAUGGAAGGAUACAAGAGAUCGAUUGAGAGAAUUGAAAAGGAGACUGGUGAGUCUUUCUCUGUGAUGAUGGGUGCUGAGUAA